AUGUCAACAGUCGCCAGAGCUAAUUCGGAUCCAGGACUUUUAUGGAGCCUUUUGCAAAGCACCUUCGCAACGUUCGUGACCAUAGCUGAAUUGGCUUCCAUGGCUCCCACCUCUGGCGGCCAGUACCACUGGGUCUCAAUGCUGGCUCCUUCUUCAGCUUACAAAUUCCUCAGCUAUAUCACCGGCUGGGCCACUGUUGCCGGUUGGCAAGCGAGUCUUUCUUCCGCUAGCUAUCUGUCUGCGACCUUGAUCCAGGGUUUGAUUAAGCUAACCCACCCGGGCUACAAUAUGCAACCAUGGCACGGGACUUUGCUCUACUGGGCCAUCAUUGCCUUUACCGUAUUCAUCAACGUUAUAAGCAGCGGUCUCUUGCCCAAGUUCGAGGGCUUAAUCCUAGUUCUUCAUAUUCUGGGCUUCUUCGCCAUCCUGAUCCCGCUCGCAUAUCUGGCCGAGCAUAGCCCCCCUUCGGCCGUAUUCAACAGCUGGCUGAACGAGGGUGACUAUCAAACGCAAACCCUUUCAUUCUUCGUUGGUAUCGUUGGCAAUGUCUUUGCCUUUUCGGGGGCGGACGCAGCAGUUCAUAUGUCGGAAGAAAUCCAAAACGCAUCCAGGGUUGUCCCGACAUCCAUCAUUACAACUAUCGUGAUAAACGGGUCGCUUGGACUCGGCAUGAUCCUUACGGUCUUGUUCUCUCUCGGCAACGUUGAGAAAGCCUUAAAAUCCCCAACGGGGUACCCUUUUAUGGAGAUUUUCUUGGAAGCAACGGAAUCCGUGGCGGGUUCUACCGUGAUGGCGUCGAUAAUUACCAUCCUUGGGCUCUGUGCAACCGUCGGUGGAAUGGCAUCCGCGUCUCGCAUGAUCUGGUCCUUUAGCCGUGAUCGUGGUAUCCCCGGAUGGAAGAUACUGAGCCGCCUUGACCCUCGAACGUCAAUCCCGGUAUGGUCAAUUGCAACCACCACAACGAUCGCCUGCCUGCUCGCCCUGAUCAACCUCGGAUCCUCAGUGGCAUUCAACGACGUUAUCUCGCUGUCGGUCGCCGGACUCUAUUCGUCCUACUUGAUCUGUUGCUCGCUACUUCUCUGGCGCCGCUGUACCAAUCAAAUCCUCAUCCGAUCCGAUUCGGCGGGCUCACAACUCGUCAACACCCCGGGGGCAACCCUCACCUGGGGCCCGUUCCGGAUUCCGGGGAUUUUUGGGAUUAUCGUCAACUCGAUCGCGGUCAUCUACCUCAUCAUUGCCAUCUUUUUCAGUUUCUGGCCCACUAAGAGAGUAGUGACGGUAGAGUCGAUGAACUACAGCUCAGUGGGCUACUCCAGCGUGGUGAUUAUCAGUGUCGUUUACUAUUUUGUUCGAGCGAGGAAAGUCUACACGGGGCCGGUUAUCGAAAUCGACCCUCAGUGA